ACAGCAGCGGAAGAAUUUUGGCCCUUCAAGGCGCUUGGGAUAUCGAAGGGUAUCGACGAAAUUGGAUCGAUCAAGUGGGAGAUGGCGUUGUGUCUUCUGGCUUCCUGGUUCCUUAUCUUCAUAUGCGUGGUGAAAGGUGUACGAUCUGUUGGAAAGGCCGUCUAUGUAACAGCAACUCUACCGUAUGUCAUCCUUACUGUUCUGCUCAUUCGUGGACUGACUCUACCGGGAGGAACCGAUGGAGCUGUAUUUUAUAUCACCCCAAAUUUCAGUAAACUUCUGGAAAUACAGGUGUGGUUAGAGGCGUGUCUCCAGGUGUUCUACUCCCUGGGUCCGGCCUGGGGUUGUAUCAUUACCAUGUCGAGCUACACCAAGUUCAACACAAACUGUCUCAGAAAUGCGAUUGUGUGUACCUUUCUGUGUGAAGGAACAAGCAUGUAUGCUGGUCUUGUUGUCUUCACGAUACUUGGAUACAUGUCCCACGAGGCCAGUGUGCCGAUAACGGAAGUUGUGUCAUCAGGACCUGGAUUGGGCUUUGUUAUUUACCCAGAAGCACUGGCUCAUCUUCCGGUUCCACAGUUGUGGAGUUUUAUCUUCUUUGUCAUGAUCAUCCUUCUGGCAAUGGAUUCUCUGUUCUCGCAGGUUGAAACCUUCAUGACGGCAAUCUUGGAUGAAUACCACAACCUAGUGAAAUGGAGAAUACCAAUCGCUGCUGUCUACUGCCUGGUGUCAUUUCUCCUUGGACUUGUAAUGACCACUGAGGGUGGAAUAUAUGUGUUCCAGCUUGUAGACUGGUACAUUGUGGCGCUUUUCAUAACAUUUGCUGCGUUGCUGGAAUGUGUCAUGGUGUCGUGGUUGUAUGGUAUUGACCGUUUCAGUGACGACAUACAACUGAUGAUUGGCAGACCAGCACCCCUAUUCUUCAAGAUCACAUGGUGUUACAUUACACCAGCUAUGCUCCUGAUGACUGUUGUUUUCACCUUCGCCCAGUAUAAAUCACCAACAUAUGGAGAAUAUGUGUAUCCUUAUUACUCGACUGUAAUAGGAUGGAUAAUCGCUUCCAUUCCCUUGAUGCCUGUGAUAAUAAUGAUGUUUCUCGCUCUUUACCGUAGGAAAGGAGGUGUUUUUCAGAGGAUCAAGAUGUCCCUAAAACCUGAUGACACAUGGGGUCCAUCUGAACCAUCUUACCGUGCAGAGUACAUCAAGAAACACAGAAGAUCUUCCACUCUUAAAAGUGCCUUCAAAUCGUCGAUUUCCUGGAAAGGUUUAAGUGGGAAGUGUUCCCAUAUAAUAGGUCUGACCAAGACAUUGCACGGAUUCAAGCUCCACAACUUCAAAGAAAUUCCAUCUGAUUUGAGUUCCACAUCCAUGCCAAAACAAUGGAACAAGCCAAGGGGAGACAAAAUCUUGCCAGUGCCUAUCAGCCAGGUUGUGGUUGCUAGACCAACUGAGCAACGCAAGCGGAAGCCAAUACAAUGCCACACUGACAUGAAUUACAAGCUACCAAGGGUUGAUAUGGCAAGUCUUCAAACUCCACAGGGCACACCACUCCUGCAUAGAACAGCACAACAUGAUUUGCCUUGGGUGCAAACUCCUAUGGGAGAUGUGCCAAUUGGAUCUUAUCAGAUCAAGAAUGCUACACCAACUUCACACAUAUGUGGGAACACCAGUGUUAUCUUGCCACCACCAGUGAAGCUUCCCCAGGAAUUUGCUCAUUUAAAUGAUGAAGAUACAAUCUGUAAGGAUCCCAAAUCUCUUGAAAUGAAAACACAGAGUCAGUCAAAUGAACUCUGGUUUGAUGAACGCAGGAAACGUCUAACUGCAUCAAGUUUUGGAAAGGUUUUGUCCAGAAAAAAAGACCAAAUCAUGGCUUCUUGAACUCUAUUUUCACUAGAA